AAUAGGAUUGCUUUUUACUUUCUUCUUUGGGUUGUUCAUUGCAAAUAUAUAAAAACGUGAUUGUUUUCCACACAGUCAUGCAUUGCUUAAUGACGGCAGUUCUGAGAAAUGCAUUGUUAGUCAACUUUGUAGUUGUGCGAACGGAACAUCCAGUGCAGUCACACUAGCCUAGAUGGUAUAGCCUGCCACACGCCUUGAUUUUAUAGUGGAGCCUGUUUUUACUGUGCCAAAUCCUGUGGACAAUGGCAGUGACCACCUUGGAGGAUCCUGAUGGGCACAGUAGUUGGGGGAGCCAGGCUGGCCACCGCCUUGGAGAUGAAAGUCUUGAGCCAGGACCAGCGGACAGAGUUGUACAUGUGGCCGUGAACCACACUGCCCUGUUGCCCCGGGUGCCCUGCCCUAGGAACAUGAUAACAGCCCAGAACGGUCACAGGCGAGGUGCCACACCCACCUGUUCAGUGUCUGAUGCAAAAGACACCAAGAUGGUGACUUCUCCUGUCUGGCAGAAUGGCAGCUGUCGCAGCAGCCCCGGCAGAGACACAGAGGUUCAGGAAUCCCGAGUCAGCCCUUCCAAGCUCGUGCGCCUCUUCUCUGUGAGUCGGAAGAGGACGAGCACCCACCCUGACAGGCCCCAGUCCGUGGUCCUGGUGGGCCAUUCCUCAACAUGGAACACCCUUGCCUCCUUCCGGAAGAUGGGAUCUUUCAAAAAAUUGAAGUCAUCAGUCCUCCAGGGAAUUCAGAACCGAGAGGGAUCAGGUGCCUCAAAGGAAGAUGCUUCAGAACAUGACCCAGGGAAACUCAUCCCAAAUGGCGCUGUGAUAGGCAUCCAGACAAACAAGUGUGCCUCCUCAGGACAGGCGAGUGACCCCCCCAGGGCAGGGGACGGGGGUGCUUCCGAUUGCUCUGACCCUGAGGAGACUGAUGAUGCUUUCCAGCGGAGCACUCACCGCUCCCGCAGCAUCCGCAGGGCCUACGGCCUGGGCCGCAUCAGCCUGGUGGACACCGACAAGCAGCAGGGCCGACCCCUGUCCUCCAUCAGCCAGGAGCCCGCCCUAUGUGAGAUCCUGGUGAAGGACCCCGAGUGUAACAGCAUCAUCUACAGGAAAAGCAAGAGCACAGACAACUUGAACUUUCUCAAGAAGAGCUCCUUCAAAAGGAAGUCUACCUCCAACCUCACGGACCUCAGGGUGGCGCAUGAAAGGCCAGUGCCCCAGAGGACCCUGAGCAGUUCUUCUGCAGACUCUGAAAAACUCAGUGGCUCAGAGAGAAGGACAAAACGCUGGAAGAGCCCGAUAAGGGCCAAGGACUUUGACAGAGUCUUACGACUUGUAAGCAAUGUGACAGAUGCCGCCUGGAAGAGGGAGAGUCCCAAGAGUGGGGCCCCAUCCCCCCGUGAAGCACACCCGAGACUCUGGCAGCACAGCAGGCUGCACGAUGACUACUCCCGCCGGGCGUCCAGCAGCUCUGAGCAGGACAGACGGCGGGGCAUGUCCCCAGCGCACAGCGCUGCUGCACGCUGUACCUCGGCCCCUGGCUUCAGCUCAGCCACUCCUCAGGGUCCCCACAUAGAUGUCAACACUGCAGUGUUUCCUCUCGAAGCCAAAAGCUCCCAGGCAUCAGAAAGUGAUGGUCCUUGUGCCAGCAGUUCCUCAUCAAGUUCACUUGCCCAGGACAUGUUGAGCAAAGACUCUGAUGAACCCAAUGCUGACAGCCAGUUUACAUUUGACCGGGAGCAGCCUCCUACCCCGCUAAGGCCCACCACGCCCAAGCCCCAGAGCCCAGGGGCAGGAAGUGCCAAAUGUCCCAGCAGUCACAGUGCACUGUCCCUCAGUUCCGUGGAGAGUGAAGAAAGGGCAGAGGUGCCUGCUCAGAGAGAGCCAGCACCUGUGUCCUUCCAGGAUUUGGUGCAAACCACACAUGGUGAUGAGGACAGUGGGGACCCUCAGCUGAGCCUCAGCCAGGUGGCCAGUCCAGAAGAAAAGAAGGAGGUUGUCACUGAUGAACCCGGGAGGCGAGGCUCGUCCCAGGAGGAGGAAAGGACGGAGGCACAGAGAAUCCCCAGGAGGAGAUGGGGCUCUGGGAGACGGCCACGGCCUCGGCCGUUCUCAGACUAUGGCCAGCUGGCCAGCCGCAGCUUGUCUAUACCUGAAGACUCAGUUGCCACAGACCCCCAGGAGGAGGACCAAGUGGACGGGGACCCCCAGGCAAGCAUGGCAGCUCAUGGGCCUGCAGACCAGAACGCUUCCUUGGGCUGCCCCAGAGGAGCGUGGAGAAGACGCCCCAUUUCCGUGAUAGGUGGGGUCAGCUUCUAUGGGAACAACCAGACAGCAGAAAUAGAGAAUCUUCUGACCCAACCAGCAGUCAGGCCGCCCGUGCCCGCUCACCAGGUGCCGCCCUACAAGGCCGUGUCGGCCCGGUUCCGGCCCUUCACUUUUUCCCAGAGCACCCCCAUCGGGCUAGACCGCGUGGGACGCUGGCGGCAGAUGAGAGCAUCCAACAUUUCUUCAGAUGGAGUUACUGAGUCCUCUGCCUUAGUCGACGACAAUGGUAGUGAGGAGGACUUCAGCUAUGAAGACCUCUGCCAGGCCAACCCUCGGUACCUGCAGCCGGGUGGAGAACAGCUGGCCAUUAACGAGCUGAUCUGCGAUGGCAAUGUGGUCUGCGCAGAAGCCCUGUGGGACCAUGUGACCAUGGAUGACCAGGAACUGGGCUUCAAGGCCGGUGAUGUCAUUCAGGUUCUGGAAGCCUCUAAUAAGGACUGGUGGUGGGGCCGGAAUGAGGACAAGGAAGCCUGGUUCCCUGCGAGCUUUGUCAGAUUGCGAGUUAAUCAGGAAGAGCUGUCGGAGAACUCCAGCGGCACCCACGGUGAGGAGCCAGACGAGGAUGCCAGCCACGUCCACCACAGGCACUCUGAGAAUAAGCACCAGAUGAGGACGAACGUCAUCCAGGAGAUCAUGAACACUGAGCGGGUCUACAUCAAACACCUCAAGGACAUCUGUGAGGGCUAUAUCCGACAGUGCCGCAAGCACACGGGAAUGUUCACUGUUGCACAACUAGCCACUAUUUUUGGAAACAUUGAAGAUAUUUACAAAUUCCAAAGAAAGUUUCUGAAAGACCUUGAGAAACAGUACAACAAAGAGGAACCUCACUUAAGUGAAAUAGGAUCUUGCUUUCUUCAGCACCAAGAGGGCUUUGCCAUCUACUCGGAGUACUGCAACAACCACCCCGGCGCCUGCCUGGAGCUCUCGCAGCUCAUGAAGCAGGGCAAGUACCGGCACUUCUUUGAGGCCUGCCGCCUGCUGCAGCAGAUGAUCGACAUCGCCAUCGACGGCUUCUUGCUCACACCAGUACAGAAGAUCUGCAAGUACCCGCUGCAGCUGGCCGAGCUGCUCAAGUACACCACGCAGGAGCACAGUGAUUACAGCAACAUAAAGGCAGCAUAUGAGGCCAUGAAGAACGUAGCCUGUUUGAUCAAUGAGCGCAAACGCAAGCUGGAGAGCAUAGACAAGAUAGCUCGCUGGCAGGUGUCCAUUGUGGGCUGGGAGGGACUAGAUAUCUUAGACCGGAGCUCAGAAUUGAUUCAUUCUGGGGAACUGACCAAAAUCACUAAGCAAGGCAAGAGCCAGCAGCGGAUGUUCUUCCUGUUUGACCACCAGCUGGUGUCCUGCAAGAAGGACCUGCUGCGCCGGGACAUGCUGUACUACAAGGGCCGGUUGGAUAUGGACCAGGUGGAGCUCGUGGACUUGGAGGACGGGCGGGACAAGGACUGGAACCUCAGCGUGAAGAACGCCUUCAAACUCAUCAGUAAGACCACGGACGAGGUUCAUCUCUUCUGUGCCAAAAAACAAGAAGACAAAGCCAGGUGGCUGCAGGCCUGUGCGGACGAAAGGAGGCGGGUGCAGGAGGAUCGGGAGAUGGGAAUGGAAAUUUCAGAAAAUCAGAAGAAACUCGCCAUGUCAAAUGCUCAAAAGGCAGGACAAGGGAAGUCAAAAGGCUACAGUGGAUGCCCCGUGGCCCCACCGCACCAGGGCUUGCACCCACUCCAGCAGCGCCACGUGACGGUGCCCCCCAGCGUCCCUCAGCAGCAGGUGUUUGCCCUGGCGGAGCCCAAGAGGAAGCCCUCCCUCUUCUGGCACACAUUCCACAAACUCACCCCUUUCCGGAAGUGAAAAGGGAGGGCCGUAGUCCAGCAAGACAAGCGUCAAGAGGGAACCGUUUCCGUCUGUUCUGUGCUUAAAUCCAAGGAAAGUUUCUUGGACCCUGUGCUGAAAUCUUUUAGGGAUCAAUGAAGGAGAGAAGGACUUGGACUCACCUUCCGUCUUCAGAAACCCGGCUGCCUUCAUGGAAAGUCGUGACGCUCAGCUUUAUCCUUUACGAGAGCCCCUUGCCCUGUGACCUGCUGUGAGGUGGCCAACUCGUACUGUGAUCUCAAAGGAGCACUGAGACUGGGGCUUCAGCAAGUCUGGCCCGUCAGGGAUGGACAAGCUCCUGCUAUGGCUCAGCACGGACGUCGAGAGAUCUUCAGCUCCUAAGCGGGGACUAGGUUAGAAAAUCCCUUUUGCAUUUGAAGGGAAUCGUGGAGACAGGGUUGGUCCCACGCCGUCUCUUAUUAGCACGCAGCUGGGCACCUCUGGAAAGUGAGCUCUCAGUCCUUUCCACAGUGUUGGGGAACCUCCCGCUAUUGUGAGACGCCCGUGGUAUUCCCUGGUGUCCGCAGCAGUUGCCAAAUGGUGGUAGUGCAGCCUUCGCCUCACUAGAUCUCUCUUCCUACAAGCAAAGGGGAGAAGACAAUGAAUGGUGUGUCCGUUGCCUGGCAGCGCGGUCUGCUAUCGAGACUGACCGAAACAUCCUCCAGAUACUGCUGCUUUCAAGCCAAGGCAGGAGAAACCUACUGUGUGCGGGGCUUGUCCUUAGGUCAGGCCCUCUCCUGCCUUGAGUAACUCCACAAGCAGAAGUCCCGUCUUGCCCACAUGCCAUAACCUAAGAAACCCUGCCAUUCCAAUAACUUUUUGUGAUAUGAAGCCCAUUGAUUCUGAUUUUGAUGCUCAAGUGAAUAGGCAUUCUCCAAGGGCACCUGCAGUGUUCCACAGAGCCUCACGGAAUUGUAACAGAAUUAUAAAGACACGUACCUUCCAUGGAGAAAACAUGCGGAGCAGAGCAGUCCUGCUUCCUGGGGAUUUGAAGCCGCCUUUGUCACACAGCACAUAACUGUGCCACCAGGAGGAUGUGACAGAUUUCUGAUGGCUAAUUCUUUAUAAAAGAGACCUUAACAAAAUAUCCAGACUCGGAGAUAGCAGUCUUCUUUUUUAAACGAAGGCCACACAGGCUGAUAACCUGCAGAUACGUUGUGCAUUUUGAUGAAAAUAAAUUUUAGCUAAGUCUGGAGAAGACAGGCUCCCCGGGGGAGGCGCCAUUCUCACCUGCUCGGUGCCCUGGAUACGCAGCCUGGGGAUUUGUGUAUGAAAAGCUCAUUUUUGAAUGCCACCCUUGCAAAGUUCUUUUUCCUAGUAGACCCAUGUUUGAGAAUAAGCAGAUCCGUGAUGUCAAAGUCCUCUUCAGUCUCCCAGCUACAUAUUCCUCCUGUCUCCCCGG